AUGCUUCCCCUUGUUCUUCUCGUGUUCUGGUCCUCACUCGUUCUGGCCUUUGUGCUGGUGCCCACCCCCCCAUCGAAGGACUCCUUCUACAAUGUUCCUGGAGACAUCGCCAACUACAAAAACGGCGACAUCAUCAAGGUGAGAAACACCCCUGUGCCUGUGAGAUCGUUGAUCUUCGAGAUGAACGUCAAGAACGCCUGGCAGGUGCUUGUGCGCUCCGAAGACUCCUUUGGCGUGCCCAAUGCUUUUGUCGCUACCAUCUUGGAGCCUUACAACGCUGACCCAUCCAAGCUCUGGUCCUACCAGGCAUGGCAGGACGCCAAUUGCAUCGACUGUGCGCCUUCGUACUCCCUUUUGUACAAAGCGUCCAUGGAUACCAUCACCACCCAGUCAGAGAUCCCCUUUAUCCAGUAUGGUCUUUCCAAGGGCUGGUUCGUGGUGGUUCCUGACUACCAGGGCCCCAAAUCUACCUUCACUGCUGGACGUCAAUCUGGUAAGGCUGUUUUGAAUGGUGUUCGUGCGGCAUUGAACUCGGGCAAUUUCACUGGAAUCGAUGAGAACGCCCAGGUGGGUUUGUAUGGUUACUCUGGUGGCUCCUUGGCUACUGGCUGGGCAGCUCAGCUCCAGCCUGCUUUUGCUCCUGAGCUCAAGAGCAACAUCAUCGGUGCUGCUGUCGGUGGCUGGGUCACCAACAUCACCCUGACUGCUUUGGCUUGCGACGGAACCAUGGCUUCGGGUAUUAUUGCCAACGCUGUCAACGGAAUUAUGUCUGAAUAUUCGAUGUUCGACAAGGUUUUCGAGAGGGAGUUGAACCCCUUGAAGAAACGUAAGUUCAAGAAAGCAAAGGACAACUGUCUCCUUAAUUCGAUUGUCGAGUACGUGUUCCAGAAGUUCUUCUCGGGCCUCGUGCCUUACUUCUCCCGCAGACAAGAUUUCUUCCACGUUCCUGAGAUUGCUGAGAUCAUCAAGAACAACACCGCUGCUUUGGUUGCCGAGGACGGUGUUCCCGAGAUUCCCAUGUUUGUGUUCCACGGCAACGCCGACGAAAUCGUGCCCAUGGUGCAGCCAACCCGAGGCUACGAGAACUACUGUAAAUGGGGCGCUCCUUCCAUUGAAUGGACGGUUUCAGAGACGACAGGCCACGUCAUUGAGUCGUUUAUUGGCGUUGGUGCUGCUUUCUCCUGGUUGGAAAAGCGUUUCGACGGCCAGCCUCCUGUGGAAGGAUGUCAGCGUAGUCAGCGUACUUCCAACCUCGAGUACCCUGGUGCUGAUGUAGCCUACCGCCAGGUGUUGAACACCUACGUGAGAGGCAUUUUUGGUGCUGAAAUCGGCGAGGACACUAUUGACAUCGACGAGUCUACAUGGCUCAGCAAGAUCAUUCUGUAUGGGUUCAGCAAGUUCCUUGGUCUCAUCGGCCCUAUUCCAAUCAAGAGAGAGGAAACCGUGAGCAUUCAGGAGCUCGCCGGUAACAGAACAGUAGACGAGUUGUACAAGGGCUUCCUGGACGUGAAGAACUUGAUGCAAGCCAAAGAUAUCGACCCUAUCAGAGUGCUUGAAGGUGAAGAACCCACCAUUUAG